ACCACAGCGGCAUGCUUCAAAUAUACAGUCCCUGGUCAGUCGCAAGAUGAGUGGACAGAAUGGUCAGAGGCCUGUAUUAGGAGAGAAUGUAUGGUUGGCGUCAUUAAAAGCCGGAGCUUUGAGCGGCUCUGCUGGCCUUGUUUAUGGAGGCAUCUCCGGUGUCAUAAGGUCUCCUCACCCUGUAAUCCAUUCGAUUUCUUGCGGUAUCCACUGGUUUGUCUGUGGGACGUCCUUCUGGUGGCUAAGGAGUAACAUUCUAAGUCUCCACUAUGAGGAUAGGGCCACCCCAAAACAGAGAGCCUAUGUCAGCGCUGUCUCUGGUGGCAUCGCUGGCGGCGCCGUGACUAGAUUAAUGGGUGGUCGUCUCAUCCCUGGAGUUGCCGUAUUCUCGCUGCUCGGCUACCUGGGACAGAGAUCUUACAAUGCUAUCGACUCAUGGCAGAUGGAACAUGCAAAUACCCCAUCGAAGCCAAUUCUGCAACGAAUAGCAGAUUCCAAAUGGAUUCCACUCAAGACCCUCUCUGAUGACGAAUACAGGGGAAUCUUAAGUGAGAAACUUCUCAGCAUUGAGGCUGAAAUAGCUAUCAUCGACGAAAAGAUCGAGGAGCUUGAGAAAGCCAAAGCAAACGGACAGAACAUGACGGGACUGGAUCCUUCAUCAAGUAGAUGAUCGCGUUGCAUGGGAACGGCGCAAAGACGUCUUGUAUUAUAUAAAAAGGAGCAAAUUGUAAGAUAGCCAACAGUUGGAGAGUGUGCCAGCAUUUUCUAUUGGCAAAUGUUCAAUACUUUCAUCGAG